UUGUUAAAGGCCACUCCUACAGCUGUGAAUACGCAAUCUGCAGACAUUCUUAAACUGCAUGCUAUCGACUGACAUGAGCCAUGUUCUCACCAUACGGCAGUAUAAGUGACCAGGAAGUAUUAUGAAACAUACAACUCUAUAGAUGACAUUUUAUUGUUUAUUGCAUAGAGCAACGUUUCAAUGUAGAUUCUUGCAUCGGUAUCAAGCUGAAAGUGACUACGACCAAAUGGUGAGAAGUAUAUCUACUUGGUAUGUUAUGACAAACAGCAGAUAAACAUUUAACAACAGCUUGUAAUUGAAUAACAAGUGGUACAUAACUGGGAGAGGCCAGUUGUGGACUGAGAACAACAAACAAAACGGUUGAUGAAGCCAUAAACAACAGAGAAUCAAGUAGUAACAACAAGCUGAUAGUGUGCUUUGAUAGAGUCUUCAGUUAGACCAUUUGUAGGAAGUAUUGAAGGCCGACUCGGACACAGACUGGCCAGUUUUCUGGGCGGCAUCAUGAUACUUGUAGGACUGACAUCCGCAUCCCUCUGCAGAACUGUGACUGGGCUGAUCCUCACCUUCGGUGUAAUAACGGAUAAUGUAAAAAACUGUUUAAUUGGUAUUCUAGAAGUCGGUUUAGGUUGUGGCUUGGCUGCUAAUGUGAGUGGUGUGGCUCCCGGAGACUACUUCAAUAAGAGACUUCCAGUGGCGUACGGUAUCUGCAUGUCUGGAGGUGCAUUAGGACUACUUGUAGUCGGUCCAUUAACGAUAUUUCUGUUGGAAGUGUACACCCUGUCCGGAACGCUGCUAAUUUUGGGUGCCAUCGGAUUCCAUGUGUGCUUAGCCGGAGCUCUGCUUAGACCAUCAUCUACACUGAUGCAGGACAUAGCAGUUUCAGAAGAUGACACUGAUAGUUGUGUAGAUGUACCACAAGGACCUGCUGAGUGUAGAGAUGCCCCACAAGGAUGUGCUGAUUGUGUAGAUGUACCACAAGGACCUGAUGAGUGUAGAGAUGCCCCACAAACAUGUGCUGAUUGUGUAGAUGUAUCUGAAGGACCUGCUGAUUGUGUAGAUGUACCACAAGGACCUGAAGACCUAUGUGCACAGAGUGAGACAAUUGUUACUCUUUCCCACCAGGAAGAUGACGGACAUAUCUUCUCGUCAACAGAUAAUAAUGAUGACAGAGAAGCACGCACUCCCGACCCUUGUACUUCGAAAGAAGACAAUUCAGGGAAAGAAAAUGCAAGUGUUGCACCUCUGCUGGAACAGAACUCACCUUCGUCAAAGACACAUUCACGGUGCAGGACAAUAAGAGAACAUGUAGCUUCAUAUGGCGCAAAUGGAUUCUUCCUCUACCUCUUCAGUGUCUUAUUUUGGUCUCUUUCAGAAGCUACCUGCAUGGUUCAUCUACCACAUUAUGCUGAAUUGAAAGGUAGUACACCGGCACAGUCUGCGAGUCUGUUUACAGGAAUGGGCAUAGCUGCUCUUUUCUCUGGAAUGCUUUCUGGCUUGGCCUCAUCGGAUAAAGCUAUUGGCAGCUUACUACUUUAUGUUGGAUUUGAAGGAAUGUCUGGGGUGUCUCUAAUGCUACUCCCCGUGCUGUCACAUACAUACCAUCUCCAAAUGGUUGCCUGUGUGUUAUUUGGUUUAUAUAGCCAAGGACCGUAUACAUUAGUAAGUCCUAUAUGCAUUGAACUGAUAGGACGAUCUAAACUGGCUGUUGCCUAUGGAAUGUGGUCUUUUGUCUUAGGAAUCGGUUUACUGUGUGGGCCACCCAUUGCAAGUCUAAUAUACGCAAACAGCGGAGAUUAUGACUACACGUUUAUUUUUGCGGGAUGCUGCAAUCUCACCAGUGCCGUCUUCGCCAUGUGUAUACCUCUGUUCAAGAAAUAUAUAUGAGUGUGCAUUGUGUGUGUAUGCGUGCGUGCGUGCGUGCGUGUGCGUGUGUAAAGUGAUGGGACGGACCUGAACCCCUUAGGAUGCAAGAUUAAUGACACAACAGAACGUGAUUUCACAAUGGACUCCAUAUCUAUUGAAAGCGUUAAGAUUUCACUGUACAGAGUAAAAACAUUUGUUCAAAUUCCUGUCGCAUUAUGGUCCGUUUCAUGGACCCUGCUAACCCUUACAUGCUCAUUGAUGGAGGUUUGUAUCUCAGCAAACAUCUAAUGUCAGAGUUUCAGAUACAAAAUGUCAAGGCUAUUAAUUCAUAUAGAAACUGUUGCGUUGUCACAUGAUAGGGGCUGAAACAGGAAGAAGUUUCAUCUUAGUAUUCAUCCAAGAUACGGAAGUGCCAAACAGUAAACUUUUUUCAGCAAGUCUAUAUGUGAUGUACCAUGCUUUCAGUUCAUAAGCAUUGAAAAAUAAACAUACCAUAUACUUA